AAGCGUUGGUUAGUUACAAGCCGCUUCUAGGUAAAUAAUACUGGGUACCAGUCUUACGGGGAGUAUGUUUACGAUGUUUGCAUCUAAACAAUAUUUUUUCAUAAUUUCAACUCCCUUAUGAUGGCGGAGUAGGAUUUUCCUAUCAUCUUUAAGAACACAGCAAUUAUGCCUGUUGGCAGCAAGUUUGUUGAUUUGUGCACGUUUGUAUUUUUUGCCACUUCGCUGUCUGUUACUGAUGCUUCACGUCUGUAGUGUUUUUCCUUGUGCCUUAUUUUCAAGAUGAAGAAGUUAAUUGACUUUGCUAAGAAAAAGAGGGGAUCUGCUUCUGGUGUCUCCGAGACUGGAAGCCUGGCAUCGGGAAGAUAUGCAAUGAAGGAUAAAGGUCUUAGCAAGCUUCAUAAGGCGUCAUCAUCUGGGGAUUUGUCUAAGGUGAAACAACUUGCUAAGAAAAGUGAUAUCAACCAAGUGGAUAAAGAGAACAGGACAGCCUUACAUUUUGCCUGUGCAAAUGGAAAUGUGGACAUUGUUGCACACUUGGUAGAAAAGAAAUGCAAUAUAAAUGUCUGUGACAGCGAAAAGCGAUCUGCAUUGAUGAAGGCAGUGCAGUGUGAACAAGACCGUUGCGUAUCUAUCUUGCUCACAAAUGGUGCUGACACUACCCUUAAGGACAUUCAUGGCAAUACUGCUCUUCAUCUUGCCUGUCUUAUUCCUACUGUCUCAAUGGCGACACAGUUAUUGGAGCAUGGAGCAGACAUUAAUGCAACAAAUAAGGAAGGAUUUUCCCCACUAAUUUUAGCAGUUACAAAAAACCACUAUGAGAUGGCAGAAUUCUUGCUUAAACGGGGAGCUAAUGUCAACUCCAUGGAUGACAGUAAACGGACUUCUCUUAUGAUUGCUGCUGAUAAUGGCCAAAGUAACAUUGUGAAGUUGCUGCUGAAGUAUAAUGCUGAUAUCACCAUUAGAGACGCUCUAGGACAAACAGCUGAAGACUAUGCUGUUUUAAAGGGCCAUCACGGCUGUUCCCAUCUAAUUAUUGAGCAUGGAACAAAGAAAAAGUCACUUCAGUCCCCUUUAAUCUUUGGGACCAACAAAGGAAAGGCAGUGUCAAUGUUUAGCACUCCAGACCACGUUGCUGAUGUUGGCUUUGUCUUAGGUGGACCAGCAAUGGAAAAGGAAGUUCCAGAUGACAUUUCCCAAGAUGAAUCAGUUAGCAGAACGUCAGAUAAAGUACACAGUGAGGACUUGUGGCCUUCAGACGAGGAUGAAGAACUAGAUUUUGGUCCAAAGAAACCACAAAAGCUAAAUUUAGCAAAACUCGUGAGUGCUUCUCAGCAGAACAAGAAAAGUGCUAAGGAAACAUCUAGCGUUGACAGAAAACAGCUCGUAACAGUCACUCAGACCAGUAAAUCAGAUAGUGAAGAUGAUUCAAGGGAUGAUAGUGAAGAUGAAGUCCUGACUAACCAGACCUCUCCUAAGUCUGUACCUGAUAACCAAGCUUCCCAAUAUCCCACAGUUCCUUCACCUAACUCCUUUUCAAAACCUCCCCAGAUGACUUCCAAACCUUUACAAGAUGCUUGCCAGGAUUCUUCAGAAGAAAAUGAAGAAGAAGUUGAUGGACACAAAACUGCCAAUAAUGGAAUUCCAAAGACGUCAUCACAUCCAUUAAAUAAUUUGAGUUUUGAUGUUUCUUGUGUUGCUCCACAAAGCAGAGAGGCUGAUACCAAAGAUGUUAAAAGAGAUAUUCUGAUGUCAGAACUUGGAUUUGAAGAAGUCGAUGAAAAGGAAGAUACUGAAUCUUUGUGGGACUCUGAGCCUGCUUCUGAAAGUCCACGGAAAUCACCAGCUUCAAACAUAUCCUCUCCAUUUGCUGGAACUGCUUCAAAAAUGCAUAAUAUUUUUGAGGAGGAACAAGAAGACAUGUUUUACAUUCCUUCUUUCAUAAGAGGAUCAAGAUACAGUAAGAUGGCUAAAGUAGCGGAUGCAAGAGUUAUAGGGAGGCCAGAAGGCCAAAUGGGAGCAUCUGAGAACAGUCCAAAUAUACAGCCAAAUACAUGUGCACCAUCUUCAGAAACACAACAGGCUGCUCAUUCAGCAUUGGUUCUACCCAACGAAGAAGAAACAAAAAAACAAAAAUCAGAUUUACUAGAAGAACUUGGCGUUGGAGAUGCUGAUGAUAUUGAAGUGGAAGCAUCAGACUGGGAUUCUGUUAGUACUUCCAAUAGGAACCUGUCACAGGGGCAAGCUGCAGUUUCUCUGCACCAGAAACAAGUUGACAUUUCACAGAAGAAGGUUGAGCUAUCUCCACCGAACAGUGAAAACCCAAGCAUGCAGGGAACUCCAGGCAAGCUUCAGCCUGCACGUUUAAAAGAAGAAGUUGCUGUUUGUACUCCAAAAUCUACAGAACCUUCCACUGUAACUGUACCAGUACCAGCACCUAGAUCUGUUGAAAGACGUCUGGAUGAACCACCUCAAUCACAGUCUAGCAACCAAGUACCAGCUGAGAAGGUUGACAGUGAAUAUUCUGACUGGGAUUCUGAAGAUGGUGCAGCUCCCUCCGACUCAGGAAGGCAUCUUUCACCUCCAGUGCACAAGUCCAGCCCCCCAGAACCUGAAUUCAGAGCAGUAAUACCACGAGAUGUUGUAAAUAAAGAUGAUGAAGAUGAAGACCAACAGGAUAAGCAUCAGUUAGAAUCACUUCAUUUAUUGCCUCAUUUGUCAUCUGAAAUUGGAACCGCUGUUCUUCAUCAGAAGGAAUACAGAGAAUCACAGCAUAAUGAUUUACACAGCAUGGGAAGCAACUUAUCAGAAUGUGAAGAAGUACCCUGGGAAGACCGUUACGAAAAAAUGUGGGUUGAAAAAGAAAAAGAAGAAGUGAAAACAGGUUUUAAGACCGUUACAGCAGAGCUGAAAGAGAGAUUUGGAGAACUGUAUCAGAAGAAAAUGAGUUCCCAUUGUCUUGAUGUUCUAGAAGGAGAUCCUGUCAAAGACUUUAGCAAUGAACGUUAUGCUAAUUUAUCGGAGAAUAAUAACUUUAAAACUAAUGAACUAGAUAAGCAGAAUCAUACAAAUAAUUGCCUGACUUGUCUUCUGCCACCUAUCACAGAACAAAAAGAGUCCAGUUUAGAAAGUUCUGUAACACUCCAUCAUCUGUACUGUCCUUCACAAAUGGAUCAACUGUCAAUAAAUCUUGACCGACCAGAAGUUAACGCUCAAACUGAGAAGGAUGUCAUAGUUGUAGAAUCUCAUAUGCCAGUAGUUGGAGAUAAAAGAAAAGAUCGCUGUACUUUGUCAAACAAUGACGUUUGUGGAGCUAUAGCUACUAACCUUAAAGAAGGAAACUGUCCUGGUGGAUGUGCUGCAGAUGCAGACACUGAUGCCGAAGAGGGGAGUCGAAUAAUUCAAAGCUGCAGUACAAAUGAAAGCAGUGAUAACAGAAAUUUUAACCUUUCCGAAAGCAGAGUGCAUUUUCCUUCAAAACCUUUAUUUUCAUCUGGAGAAAAAGAUACAAACAUGCAAAUGGAAUGCCAGCUUUCCAGAAGCGGUUCCAUCAAAAGCGAUGAAAUUCCUGAUGGCGAAUUUAUAAAUAACUUAAUCUCUCAUAAAGCUUCUGUACCAAAAAGAUAUUCAGAUGAAGAACUGGAACAAGAUAUGCAGAAGUUCAAGAACGAGGUAGGAAUGCUAAAGGUAGUAUUCCUAACUUUGGAGAAAAACAAAGCACAGCUGCAGAAAGAGGAGGAGAAAAAAGAUGAGCAAAGAAGUACCAAAGAUGCGGCUUUUCUUAAAAGAGGUGUCAGUAGUAGAAAAGGAGGCGAGAUAGUGAGUGAAAAUAUUCAACACAAACUGAGUGAAAAACCUCACCUGAAAGGAAGCAGACGUGUGGGAACAAGUAACAUCACUACAGAGGAAAAGCAGCCUAAUAGUAUUUCAAAGGGAACUGGACACACUAAAGAAAGGCAAAGAGAAACACAGAGUAUGCGCAGACUCAGUGACAAAAUGUAUGAUGUGGAAGACGUGGAAAAGACAAAGCAAAACAUGGUAAUUCAAGCAGAUAACAAGCUGGGAAUCACUAAGAAACAGUCCCAGCUGCAGCCUUCCUUGACAAAUGGGAACCCACUUUCUGCAUUUGAUGACAGCACUCUAAGUGAAACUUCCCAAGAGGAAGAAAGACCUGAAAUAAAAUUAUCCCAUGCAAAGGACAAGAUUGAUGUAAACAUGGAUAUUGCUAAUGAUUUGGAUGACAUCACACAGUCUUCUGACACUGCAACAGAGGAUGUGGAAUUACCUACCUCAGCGUUUAGAAAUGCUGCACUACAGUUCGAACAGUUUCAUAUGGAUAACAUGGAUUCCAGAAGCCGGAUUAAACUUCAGAGUUUGAUUCAGGGGUAUGAGCGAAUAAUUGAACGUGAAAAAAGUCAGUAUAACCUGUUACUUAAUAAAGUACGUCAGCUUGAAAAUGAAAAGAAAGAACUCCAAGAAGGAACAGAAAACACUAGACGGUUAAAUUCUGCACUGGAGCACCAAAAAGUGGAAUGGAAGUCAGACCUCAAUAGUUUGAAUUUUAAGUUGAAACAAGAAGAAGAAAAACAUAAGAAUACAAUGUUGCUGUAUGAGAAAUGUCAGGAGCAGCUGCAGAGAAAAGAUGAGCAGUAUUCUAUGGAGCUGGAAGCACAUCAACAGCUGGAGAGAAACGUGCGAAACUUGGAGAUGGAGAUGAGAACUUUAGUAAGCAGUAUGAAACAGAUUGAAGAGGAACGGAAUGAAGCUCAGAGGUCGCUCACUCAAGAACGUAGUGCUCGAGCUCUGCAGGAUGAGAUCCUAAACAACCAUUUACGCAGACAAAAGGAAAUAGAAGAAGAAAACAAGAAAAUGAUGAGUAAAAAUACAGAGGUUGUCACUCAGCUGACUGAGGUCACUGACAGAGAAAAAGAUUUUUCACACCAGAAUCGUAUGCUUCAAGAUGAAAUUUCAGUACUACGGCUGGAGCUUGAACGAGUUCGGGCACGCAGCCAGGAUGAAGAGGGCAAAUAUAUGAACGAGAAUGAAACCUUGAAAGAGAAAGCUGAAGACUUGAAAAGAGACUUGAAAUUAAGCGAAGAAGCCUUAACUCAAACAAUUUUUCAGUUCAAUGGGCAGCUUAAUGCAUUAAAGUCAGAAAACACUAAGCUGAAUACUAAACUUGAGAAUGAAAAACAAAACAGAGAGAAAGCUGAGACUGAAUUAGAUUCGGUUCGGUCACAAUUAACAUCUGCUGUCCAGGAGAUGGAGAGAUGUCAGACAGCAAAAACUGACAUUGAACGUGCUUUACAGAGGGAGCGUGAUGAUGGACUUCAUUCUCAAGACAAGCUGAACCAAGAAAUUUCCAAACUCCAUGAGAUGAAUAAACAUAUAUCCCUGCAGCUUAGUAAAGCUGAAACAAAGGUAAGCAGUCUUGAGAAUGAUCUCCACCGAUCUACACUUUCUGUAACAGAGAAAACAUUACUUUUAGAAAGUGCUCAAAGGGACCUUAGCCAAAACCAGUCUCGAGUUAAAGAGGUAGAGAAUUUGUUGCAGCUAGAGAAAGACCAAGUUAGUAAGUAUAAUGUUCGGCAAGAAUCACUGCAGGAAAGGCUUGCUCAGAUUCAGAGUGAAAACAUGCUGCUGCGGCAACAACUAGAAGAUGCCCAAAAUAAGGGGAUUAUCAAGGAGAAGGCUGUAAGUGACGUCCAAGACAAGUUUAGUGACAUCUUCACGAAGCUUCGAACUGACAGUGAGAGGCAAGUCCAUAUGGUGGAAGACAGGAACAAAGAACUGAUAAAUAAAAACAAUGAACUUAGAGAACAGGUACACAGAUAUGAAAAUGAGAAAGCAGAGAGAGAGGGGACUGUGAGGCAGCUACAGCAGGAGCUGGCUGAUGCCUUAAAGAAACUCUCAAUGUCUGAAGCUUCACUUGAGGUUAUUACACGGUAUCGUAACAGCCUAGAAGAAGAAAAGGCAUACUUGCAAAAGGAUCUUGACAAGCUAAAAGAUAAGCUUGAGGAAACAGAGGAGCAGUAUAUUCAGUCAGAACGCCGGAUACACGAGCUAAAGAGUGCAUUAGACGACAAAGAACGUGAAGUGAUAGCUGCCUCACAGAAAGUGCAAGAAGUCGUGUCUGUGUCAUCUGGAAUGGAAAAAACAGUGAGGCAACUGGAAGAACAUGUACAGAGGCUCGAAAUAGAAAAUGCCAAAUUGGAAGCUGCAGUUAAACAACAAGCAAACAGAACAGAAGCAACUCAGAAAGAGCUUCAAGAGUCUGUUAUGAGGCCACAGUGCAUGACUGAAGGAGGGGAUGAUCUUUAUGAAGAUUCUCAUGUGCGAAAUAGACUUGAAGAUAUGAUAACGAGCUUGCAAGGGACAAAAAUCAAUUUGGAGGAACAGCUGAAUCAACAGAUUCAAAAACAGAACGUGUUGUCAUUGAGUGCUCAAGAUUCACGUAACCUGUGGGAAGAGGAACUGAAGACUAAAUCAAAACUGGGGCUCCGUCUUACGCAGCUAGAUAGAGAGAAGGCUGAACUGGAAGGCCAAGUUGAAACUGAAAAGAAAAAAGCAAAGAAGUUAGCAGAGCAAAAGCGAUCAGUGGAAACCACUCUUGAAAGGGAAAUUCAAAGGAACAGUGAGUUACAGAAAGACGUGAACAAGAUGAAAGCACUUCUAAAGACUACAAAAAAGAAACUGAAAGAACAAGAAACAGGGGAGCAGGCUUCAUACUUUGGGAAUAUACAAGCAGAACAGGAUCACAGUCGCUAUGGAAUAGAGAACACUGUUAGCAUGCUGAAAUCCAAGGUUGACGACUUCUCCCAGAGGUUAGAAAUGGAGUCCACAAAAUCAGCACAGUUAGAAUCUUCCAAUCGUGAACUUAAAGAGCAACUGAUAUCAUUAAAAAUGCUGCAGAAAAGCCAUGAAAGACUGGAAAAAAGUAAGCGUCAACUGGAAGAUGAAUUAAAUAAUCUCAAACGGCACGUGGAAGCAAAUAUUAUGGAACAGAGCCAAGCUGAUCAGUAUAAAAGAGAAAUUGAAGAAAGAGCCCGUCAAGAAAUUCGGCAGAAACUUGAGGAAGUAAAUUUGUUUUUGCAGGCACAAGCAGCAUCACAAGAAGCCCUGGAACAGAUCAGAGCUUCAAAUGAAGCAUCACAAAGAAACCAAAUGGAGCAAAGAAUAAGAGACCUGGAAUCAGAGCUAAACAGAGCAAAAAACACACAGCAGGACAGUAUUAUUCAGAAAGAGACAAACCAGUCCGAACUGGAGAGGUACAAGGAACUAUAUGCAGAAGAGCUUAGGUUACGGAAAACGCUUUCUGCCAAGUUAGAUAGAGCUAAUGAGAGACUGUCAGAAACCAAUGCAAAGCUGCUUAGUGAACGGCAGCGAACUAAGUCUAUCAUUGCUGGCGGUAUUGUAAAUGGAAGUCUGAAUUCAAGCCCUUCUCUGGAUGUGAAUCCAUUUUACCUUACCAGUAAUCUUGGAGCUCUAAACAGAAGUCUUGGCCUUGGAGGAAGUUUCUUAAGUCCUGUAACAGAUGCAUUUCCUUCCAACAACAAAGUGGAUUCCUAUCUGGCAAAGAUGCAUAUUGAACUGGACAAAAAUAUCACAAAAGAACUUGAUGAAGCUACAGCUGAGCUGAAUAUUGGGUCUACAAGAAUCUCUCCUGUGGGUUCUGCUGCAGGAUCUUCUAGAAGCUUGGACCAGGACCCUUUGACAAGAGCUACACAACAGUAUCUUGAGGUUCUAAAGAAAAACUUCAAGAUAUAAGUGGAACACUCACCAACAUUAAAUGUUAUAUGUCCAUGAGCUUUUUGUGAUGUACAUGAUGAGUUUCACGAGCUAAAAACAGAUGGAAAUUCUAAGCCAUUCCCAUUAGUAAUUAAUUAGGCGUUACAGCAUAUUUGCACACUAAAUGUAUUUUUCUCAGGAGUACAUUGUAUUAUAUAGUGACUGUUUUAAGUUAUUAUCUUGAGCCAGUGUUCUAAUGAUAUUUUUGAAUGUUGGAGCUGAGCUCCUCAAGUGUAAGCAUAUUCUGCUGAAAGAAUUGUGCAACCACUUUGCAAUGCAACACCCAGGACAAUGUGCAACAGAGAAGUUAGUUACCUCAUACUUGCUUAAAAUAAAUUGUUUACCAACCACAGGUUGUCUUCUGUUACAUAAUGCACACCCACACUGUGCUGUUUUCUUCAUUGCAUUUUGUACUGCUAUAAUGUGUGUGUAUGUUUGUAUUGGUGAAAGCCAUCCCAGUUUUCUCUUUUCUGUCAUUUCAUUACAGUAUUGGGCAGGGUUGACUGCUUUUUACUAGUGCCAAUAUGAUCUUGGAUAUACGGUACAUUUGUUAACUGUACAAUAUAUUAAACUGGUACUGUCAACAACUA